AUGCCCAUCACCAAGAAGCGUAAGGUCGCCCACGCAGCACCCGCUGCUCCCAUUGAGGACGGCGACGUUGCAUCAAAUGCCAGCUCUGGCAGCCCAGAACCCUCCGCCGAAGACUCCGACGAUGCAGCGUCCAAUGCAACCUCUUCAAGCCCUCAAGCUGUCUCCAAAGGCGCCAGUGACGAAGAUGCCUCCUCCGAAACCGUGACUAGCGCCCCUUCUGCUGCCAAAACAUUUAAAGAACUCGGUCUCAUUGACUCACUAUGCGAAGCCUGUGAAAAAAUGGGAUACAAACUCCCUACGCCCAUCCAGUCCGAGUCGAUUCCGCUGGCGCUGCAAGGUCGUGAUAUUAUCGGACUCGCUGAGACCGGUAGUGGAAAGACCGCUGCAUUCGCCCUCCCCAUUCUCAUGGCCCUUAUGGAAAGGCCUCAACCAUUCUUCGGACUCGUGAUGGCCCCAACCCGUGAACUGGCAUACCAGAUCUCACAAGCAUUCGAAUCGCUUGGCUCGACAAUCAACGUGAGAUCCACAUGCUUGGUCGGUGGCAUGGACAUGGUCCCGCAAGCAAUUGCACUAGGAAAGAAACCUCACAUCGUCGUUGCCACUCCCGGCAGACUUCUCGACCACCUCGAGAACACAAAAGGCUUUUCUCUCCGCAACCUGAAAUACCUCGUCAUGGACGAAGCAGACAGACUUCUUGACAUGGACUUCGGCCCCAUCCUCGAUAAGAUUCUCAAGGUGCUACCACGUGAACGCCGAACCUUCCUCUUCUCUGCAACCCUCAGCUCAAAAGUCGAGUCGCUGCAGCGAGCAUCCUUGUCAAAUCCAGCCCGUGUCUCGAUCUCUUCCAACAAAUACGCUACUGUGCAGACUCUUCAGCAAUAUUAUCUGCUGCGCCCUUACAAACACAAGGACGUCUACCUCGUCUACCUUCUCCAUGAGUUCAUCGGCCAAUCAGUCAUCAUUUUCAUGCGCACUGUUCAUGAGACGCAGCGCGUUGCCUUCUUGCUGCGCGGUUUGGGCUUCGGUGCAAUCCCUAUUCACGGACAGAUGUCGCAAUCUGCUCGUCUCGGUGCGCUAGGAAAAUUCCGGUCGAAGAGCAGGGAAAUUCUGGUUGCCACCGAUGUCGCUGCUCGUGGUUUGGAUAUUCCCAGUGUCGACGUGGUUCUCAAUUACGAUCUUCCGUCAGACAGCAAGACCUAUAUUCAUCGUGUUGGACGUACAGCUCGCGCUGGUCGCGCGGGUAAAUCCAUCAGCUUCUGCAGUCAAUACGAUGUCGAGGUUUGGCAGCGUAUAGAGGCGGCAUUGGGCAAAGAGUUGCCUGAGUACCCUGCACCUAAAGAUGAAGUCAUGGUCUUUGCUGAAAGAACGAGUGCCUCACAGCGAGACGCAAUCCAGGCCAUGAAGCAUUACGAUGAGAAGAAGGGAAGCAAAGGCAAGGGCAAGUUUUCCUUCAAGGGCAAGCGAAGUCGGGAUGCCAUGGACCAGGAAGAGGGCUAG